CCGCGGCAGGUUGGUCCUGGAGCAGAUGAGCGCAGAAUAUUUAGGCGAAAGCGCGAGGAGGGGGGAGCGCGGGGCAGGAGGAGUAUCUCGGCCAAGAAAAUUAUGCAUGCGUUAGGGAAGCUCUGAGAGAAUGGCUGUGGAAGCUCUCCACUGCGGUUUGAAUCCACGGGGCAUUGAUCAUCCUGCCUGUGCUGAAGGUAUCAAACUGCAGAUUGAAGGUGAAGGUGUUGAAUCCCAAUCCAUUAAAAACAAAAAUUUCCAGAAGGUGCUUGACCAAAAGGGAACCCCCAAGCGACUGCAGGCAGAAACUGAGACGGCUAAGUCGGCCGCGGUGAAGCUGUCAAAACCAGUGGCUCUGUGGACUCAGCAGGAUGUCUGCAAGUGGCUGAAGAAACAUUGUCCGAAUCAGUAUCAGAUCUACAGCGAGUCAUUCAAACAGCAUGACAUAACUGGGCGAGCCCUGCUGAGACUUACUGACAAAAAGCUUGAGCGAAUGGGAAUUGCCCAGGAGAACCUCCGGCAGCACAUCCUACAACAGGUGCUCCAGCUGAAGGUGCGGGAAGAAGUCAGAAACCUACAGUUACUCACACAAGGAAAUAGUGAAUGAUGCACCAGGAGCUAACACAAGCUGUACCUAUGGGACAGGGAAGAAGGCGAAUGGAGAGAGGAUGUACACUUUUUAUGUCACUUUGUGUCUUGAAAUAUGUAUUAACCAUUUAAAAGAAUAAAAACUUUUUAGAAAAAACAAGGAUAAAGAGUGAAUUUUAGCAUCAGGCUGGCCUGAAUUUUAAUUCUUGGCCCCAGCACUUACUGCUGUGCUGUUUCAGGGAAGUUACUUAAUCUCUCUGUGUUCCAAUUUCAUAAUCUCUGAAAAGUGAGAUCAAUAAAUCUACUUACUUCAUAGGGACAUUAUCAAAAUUAAAUAAGCUAAAAUUUAUAAAUCACUCAGUGCAGUGUGACAGUAAGUACAGAACAUAGUUGGUUAUCAGUAACAGAAGCCACAAAAUUAAAUCAACCUCAUUAAUUUAUAACAAAACCUUAUUUUUAUAAAUUCACAUGACAUACACUUUACCCAAUUAAAGUGUAAAUUCAAUGAUAAUUAGUAUAGUUUCAGAGUUAGGCAACCAUCACCACAAUUCAUUUUAAAACAUUUUCAUCACCCCAAAGAGAAAUCUGGUGUCCAUUGACAGUCAUUCUCCAUUUCCUCCCAAUGCCCCCCUCCACCCCAGCCACCAGCCCUUGGAAACCACU